AUGCCCCGAACAGAGUCGCAUUCUACCAGAGAAGACGAAUUGGCCUUCGAACUGGAUCCUGAAGAUGUGCCAGUCAACAAACUUACAAGCUUCCAUGGCAGACUACAGCAUUUUCUGCACAGAAGCAGCGACGAGAUGACCGACAGCCCAGCGGCGAGAACCACAGCUAUAUCUCAACCCACGGUCAAGUUGGAAGACACAGAAACAAAAGACCAAGCCAUACAAGACCGCGCAGAACCCAUUAAACCCAGUCCGAAGCGCAGGAAAGCAGUCCAAGCAACUUCAACCACAAUCUCUCGCCCACCAACCCGAUCAACCCCACCGUCCCCAAACAAACGCAAGCGCAACACACCAGCACCAACACCCAUACCCCUCGGACCAAGCGCCACAGAAUCCCUCCUCCGCGACACCAUCCCCCCGAAUCUAAUUCUCCUCCUCGUAGGCGUGAACCCAGGGAUCAUGACCGGUAUAUCGGGAUACGCCUACGCGCACCCAUCAAACCUAUUCUGGAAACUGCUCCAUUCAUCAGGAAUCACAAGCAUGCGCCACAAACCCUCAGAUACAUAUAAACUUCCGAGUCUAUAUAGCGUGGGCAACACGAAUAUCGUGGAGCGACCCACGCGCGACGCGAGCAUGCUCAGCCGCGCUGAAAUGAAUGCCGGCGUCCCAGUGCUGGAAGCCAAGAUUGCUGCGCAGAGACCUGAGGCUGUGUGUCUUGUUGGGAAAGGUAUUUGGGAGGCGGUUUGGAGGGUCAGGAGAGGGAGGGGGAUUCGGAAAGAGGAGUUUCGGUAUGGGUGGCAGGAGGGUGAGAAUAUGGGGGUUUGCGAGGGUUGGGCUGGGGCGCCUGUGUUUGUGGCUACGACUACGAGUGGACUUGCGGCUGGUAUGAAGCUGGUGGAGAAAGAGGCUAUAUGGGCAGAGCUGGGAGAGUGGGUUGUUAGGAAGAGACAGGAGAGGGGAUUUGUUCCUCAGAUUAUGAAACAAGAAGAUAUAUAG